UUAUGCCGAAGUGCUCUUGUUCACGAAAAAUAUCAUCGCACCUUUUUAAUAACUCUGGGCUAGUUUUAAGCUUGGUAAAAAUGUUUUUUAAACGUUUUUUAGCAGCUUUGAAAUUAUCACCUAAAACUGGAUGCUUCGCUUUAAAUGGCAAUUCAACUUCAUAGCGCCCUGCAUCGUUCAAUUUAAUGUUCUCUAAAAAAUCAUUUUCUGGAUGCUUUUCGUCUUCUAAUAUGCCCAGGGUUUCCAGAUCCCAGAAUCUCGACAUUUUAAAUCCAACCAAAUCGCGAUCUCUAGUUUCGACAAACACGACAUGCGUAGGAGAACUACGAUGGCCCAGAAGGCUCACAUUAUUCUAUUCCAAAAAUACUUCACGCAAUUUCAAAAGUACUUCACGCAAUUCCAAAAGUACUUCACGCAAUUCCAAAAUUACUUCACGCAAUUCCAAAAGUACUUCACGCAAAUCCAAAAGUACUUCACGCAAUUCCAAAAGUACUUUACGCAAUUCCAAAAUUACUUCACGCAAUUCGAAAAACAAUUCGCGCAAUUCCAAAAGUACUUCACGCAAUUCCAAAAGUACUUCACUCAAUUCCAAAAUUACUUCACGCAAUUCCAAAAGUACUUUACGCUAUUCCAAAAGUACUUCACGCAAAUCCAAAAGUACUUUACGCAAUUCCAAAAGUACUUCACUCAAUUCCAAAAUUACUUCACGCAAUUCCAAAAGUACUUUACGCAAUUCCAAAAGUACUUUACGCAAUUCCAAAAGUACUUCACGCAAUUCCAAAAGUACUUCACGCAAUUCCAAAAGUACUUCACGCAAAUCCAAAAUUACUUCACUCAAUUCCAAAAUUACUUCACGCAAUUCCAAAAGUACUUUACGCUAUUCCAAAAGUACUUCACGCAAAUCCAAAAGUACUUUACGCAAUUCCAAAAGUACUUCACUCAAUUCCAAAAUUACUUCACGCAAUUCCAAAAGUACUUUACGCAAUUCCAAAAGUACUUUACGCAAUUCCAAAAGUACUUCACGCAAUUCCAAAAGUACUUCACUCAAUUCCAAAAGUACUUCACGCAAAUCCAAAAUUACUUCACGCAAUUCCAAAAGUACUUUACGCAAUUCCAAAAUUACUUUACGCUAUUCCAAAAGUACUUUACGCAAUUCCAAAAUUACUUUACGCAAUUCCAAAAGUACUGGACGCAAUUCCAAAAGUACUUUACGCAAUUCCAAAAGUACUUUACGCAAUUCCAAAAGUACUUUACGCAAAUCCAAAAGUACUUCACGCAAAUCCAAAAUUACUUUACGCAAUUCCAAAAUUACUUGACGCAAUUCCAAAAGUACUUCACGCAAUUCCAAAAUUACUUUACGCUAUUCCAAAAGUACUUUACGCAAUUCCAAAAGUACUUCACGCAAUUCCAAAAUUAUUUUACGCAAUUCCAAAAGUACUUUACGCAAUUCCAAAAGUACUGGACG